AACUCACACGCUGAAAGUUAACAUUUAACAACUCCUUUGCUGUCUAAUUUCGCUAUCUUAUGUGUUUGUCAUUCAAGAUUGAAAACAUAACCUGAAAAUUAGUGGUUUCGAUGAUUCCUGUUCUUCCGAUAUGCAGUAAAGUUCAAGAAUUGGUACUCAUUGAGCGCUUGAGCAGUGAAGCACUUAUAAUUUCAUGGCUUCAGUGUGCCUUUUGUUCGUUUAAAUUCACACCAAGGUUUUCCAAUAGAAUAAAGCGGAUCAAAAAAAUAGUAUGCGUGUUGAAAAUUGUGGUCGCAUAUGCAAAAUAAAUAAGUGCAAGGACAACAAAAACAAUAAUAAUACAAUAACAACAGUUAAAUGCUGUAAUAAGUUUUAUAACAAAAGCAAUAAUAAUAGUACCAAAACGGUCAAAAUAGUAACGAAAACCCGUAACCACUUCAUAAGUGCAGCUGUGGCACGCCACUUGGUAGCAAACGACCGACGACCAUUAAACAAAGUGCCAAUAAAGAGUUUAAACCUAUCAAAUAACCAAUCAUUAAAACACACUUAUGCACGCACGCAUACAAUUAAUUGCGUAAUUGGAGAGACCACUAAUAAAAAUACAGACAAAUUAAGGCUUAUGUAAAAAAGUUGUAAACCGGGCCAACUCUUCGAAUGAAGUUUCGUAAUAAACGAAAUACGAGUCGAAGCGCUUGACGUAAGCCAACAAUAACGCACAACAAUAGAACGUAUGUUAGCUAAUAACCGAUACAAACUAAAUAAAUCUCAAAGAACGAACUCGAAAAUGUCGAUGAGGAAAUCACAAAACCGGUUUAGUGCUGCAACAGCUCCUUACCAACAGCGAGUGCAUAUGUACACACUCCUGAGUUGCCUGUGCGCACUCUCGAUAUUAGUGCCGCCCACAAAUGCGUUGGCGAAUUGUCCCAGCAGCUGUCAGUGUGACGAUGACACUUUGGUGGUGAAGUGCGGUGAAGGCGCACUCGAUGUGCUGCCAAUAACACUGAACCCCUUCAUACAACGCUUGGUGAUACAAAGCAAUAAAAUCAAAACCAUAGACUCAUCGCUGCAAUUCUAUGCGGAGCUUUUGUUCCUGGACCUCUCCUACAAUGACUUGGUCACACUGCCCAUGCGCACAUUCCAAUUUCAACGCAAGCUGCAAGAGCUGCAUUUGAAUCACAAUAAAAUCGGUCAGAUCAGCAAUAUGACAUUUGUGGGCUUGGCCGCAUUAACGGUGCUGAAUUUGCGUGGUAAUCUCCUGGCCGAGCUCGAACAGGGAACCUUUGCGAAAAUGUCCAAACUGGCGGAAUUAAAUUUGGGACAAAAUCGUAUUAAUCGUAUCGAUCCGCACGCAUUUGAUGGUUUGGUGAAUCUACGUACACUCUAUCUCGAUGAUAAUACAUUGACAACAGUACCGGCGCCUAGCAUAUUCCAAGCAAUGCCCAAUUUAGCUGAGCUCUAUUUGGGUACCAACUCAUUUACGUCUAUACAAGCGAAAGCUUUUAUAGAUCUCAAGGGGUUAACACGCUUGGACUUACGGGGUGCUGGUCUGCAUAACAUCUCCGCCGAGGCAUUGAAAGGUUUGGAGGGCUUGCGGUACUUAGAUCUGGCUGACAAUCGCCUACACGUUGUACCGACAAAUGCGCUGAGCCACUUGGAGAGACUAGAGGAACUUUUGUUGGGACAGAAUGAUUUUGAGGUGAUUGGCAGCGGCGCUUUCGGUGGACUGACACAGUUACGUAAACUGGAAAUUACAGGCGCCCAGCGGUUGCGUAGCGUGCAAAAUGGCGCUUUUAGCGCCAACACCAAUCUGGAACAUUUGAAUCUAUCAUCCAACAAGAUGUUGCAGGAAGUGCAAGAGAACGCUUUGGGAGGACUGCCACACCUGCGUCACGUCAUACUCAAAGAAAAUGACUUGCACACGAUUGCCGAGGGACUCGUACCAUGGACCGAUCUACAAACACUCGAUCUCUCCGACAAUCCGAUCGUCUGCGAUUGUCAAGUAUUGUGGCUGCGUAAUUUGCUCGUAUCGAAGAACUCUACCACCGACAGGCUCAUCGACGUGAUGUGCGUUUACCCGGAACCCAUGCGUAAAGAGCCACUAGUGCAACUAUCGCCGGCCAUGCUAGGCUGCUUACAUAGUGACACAAAGCAACAGGCCAUGAUCAUAGUGGUGGUUGUUGUUACAACAGCCAUCAUAACCGGUUUGUCGUUGCUGAUUUAUGGCUGUCGGCGACGCAUACGUGAAACACUGAAAGGCGGUUGGGGCAACUCGGCAUUGGGACGCAAGGAGCGCGAAUACCAGAAGACUUGCUCAGAUGAAGAGUACAUGACGCGGCAGCAACACCCUUGCAGCCUCAGCAUACAACCAACAAUGCAGUUCACCAACAGCGUCGGCUAUAAUAUGCAACAGACGCAGCCGUAUAUGGGCUCCCGGCCAAUACCAGUUACCGAACUAUAGCUAGAAGCACCACCCC